CAUUGCAGAUUCUCUCUCUGCCUCUCUCUCUCUCUCUCUCUCGGUGCGAGUCUAAGCCAUGUUCGCACUCCAUCCGCCAAUCCCAACUCGCUUUCCCUCAGCUCACCUCCCCAACUCGCCGGCUCUCCUCCGCCACCACCACCCCCUCCUCCUCCUCUCCUCCGCCACUUCCUCCUCCUCCUCCACGGCCGGCGCAUUCACCGCCUCCGACUGCUCCUCUCCCUCCGCCUCUCCGCAACUCCGCCCCGACGUCGAGCUCGAUGGCGAUGAACUGCGAGAAUUGGAAGUGGAAGGCGACGACGACGUUCUCUCCCUCCAAAGCCGUCGCUACGACUUCGCUCCCCUCCUCAACUUCCUCGCCAAUUCGGUAGGCUCCGCGGACUCCGACUCGGCGUCCCCGACCUCGCUCGAUCGUGCCGAGUUCCAGCUCGCCGAGUCGUACCGCGCCGUUCCCGCGCCCCUCUGGCACUCGCUUCUCAAGUCUCUCUGCUCCUCUCCUCCGUCCACUGGGCUCGCCUACGCCGUCGUCUCGUGGCUCCAGAAGCACAACCUCUGCUUCUCCUACGAGCUUCUCUACUCGAUCCUCAUCCACGCGCUCGGGCGCUCCGAGAAGCUCUACGAAGCGUUUCUGCUGUCUCAGAGGCAGACUCUGACGCCCCUGACGUACAAUGCCCUGAUUGGAGCUUGUGCUCGUAACGACGAUCUGGAGAAGGCCCUGAAUUUGAUGUCCAGAAUGCGCCAGGACGGGUACCAAUCGGAUUUUGUCAAUUACAGCUUGAUCAUUCAGUCUCUUACGCGGAGUAAUAAGAUAGAUACUUCGAUUUUGCAAAGGCUUUAUAGGGAGAUUGAGUUGGAUAGGAUUGAGCUCGAUGCGCAGUUGUUUCACGACGUGAUCGUCGGUUUUGCCAAGUCUGGUGAUCCAGACAGGGCUUUGCAUUUUCUUGGCGUGGCUCAAGGUUGUGGGUUGAGUCCUAAGACAGCUACUCUCGUUGCUGUUAUAUCUGCAUUAGGGAAUUCUGGUAGGACUUUGGAGGCAGAAGCAGUUUUCGAGGAGUUGAAAGAAGGUGGGUUGAAACCGAGGACGAGGGCUUUUAAUGCUUUGUUAAAAGGCUACGUGAAAACGGGGUCUCUGAGGGAUGCGGAGUGGAUUGUAUCAGAGAUGGAAAGGAACGGGGUAUUGCCAGAUGAGCAUACCUAUAGUCUUCUUAUUGAUGCAUAUGUAAAUGCAGGUAGAUGGGAAAGCGCAAGAAUUGUGUUGAAAGAAAUGGAAGCAAGCAAUUUGCAGCCCAACUCCUUUGUUUUUGGUAGGAUUUUGGCUGGUUAUCGUGAUAAAGGGGAGUGGCAGAGGACCUUUCAGGUUUUGAGGGAGAUGAAAAGUUGCGGGGUGCGCCCCGAUAGGCAUUUUUACAAUGUGAUGAUUGAUACUUUUGGGAAGUAUAAUUGUCUUGAUCAUGCGAUGGAUACAUUUGAUCGAAUGCUAUCAGAGGGGAUUGAGCCAUGUAACGUUACAUGGAAUACUCUCAUUGAUUGUCAUUCCAAAGCAGGACACCAUGACAGAGCAGAAGAGUUGUUUGAGGAAAUGAAGGAGAGGGGUUGCUCGCCUUGCACUACGACAUAUAACAUUAUGAUUAAUUCUUUUGGGGAGCGGCAGAGGUGGGAGGAGGUAAAGAGCUUGCUGGGUAAGAUGCGAGGGGAAGGCUUGCUUCCAAAUGUUGUGACGUACACCACGCUGGUUGAUAUAUAUGGUCAGUCGGGGAGGUUCAAUGAUGCUGUAGAUUGUUUGGACGAUAUGAAGUCUGCAGGGUUGAAGCCAUCAUCUACGAUGUAUAAUGCUUUAAUAAAUGCUUAUGCUCAAAGGGGUAUGUCCGACCAAGCAUUAGAUGCAUUCAGGCUCAUGAGAGCCGAUGGUCUAAAGCCCAGUCUAUUUGCUCUGAACUCGUUGAUCAACGCGUUUGGGGUGGAUAGAAGGGAUGCCGAAGCCUUUGCUGUGUUGAAGUACAUGAAGGAAAACAAUCUGAAACCAGACGUAGUGACAUAUACGACGCUCAUGAAAGCCCUGAUUCGUGUGGAUAAGUUUCCAAAGGUUCCAGAGGUGUACGAAGAGAUGAUAUUAUCUGGGUGCAUGCCUGACAGGAAAGCCAGAGCUAUGUUGCGGUCUGCUCUGAGAUACAUGAAGCAGACAUUGAGAUCGAGAUAAGAAAGAGGAAAACGUCUGCCCUGUGAAAUCAUGGUUAUACAAGCCCAAGUCAUGCAGCCAAAGCACAUUGUAAAGUAGUUUCUCUGUUGAUGAUCUACUCAGCUAUCAAUUUAGGAAACAGAUCAUCCAUCCUUGUCAUCAAAUUGCAAGAAGCUGACGCCACUUGUCUCGUAGAUUCAUUUGAUAACAUUGACGACUCCUUUGGGAUUCAAAGCUAGAAGUUAAACAGAUACACAUGUUUUGACAAAGGAUAUUCGUGUUCACAAACGUUGAACAGAAUACAAUGCGACA